UUGUCGCUGACAAAAAAGUGAACCUCAUGAAAAUCGGUUGAGAAAUGAACAAGUUACGACUUAAUUUCAACGUACAUGCAUUGCCUUUGAUGGGAACCUCGACCUCCCCAACAUGACCGCCACGAAGACACGUCGGUUUGCCGGGAAGCUACAACGCAUCGGUGUAUCUAGUCUGGAUGUCUAUGUUCGAACCCCUCUCUGAUGUAGUGACGUUUGGUUAGAAAGAAAGCCAAACGUCAGAAACGGCCGUGGUAACAUUUGACACGGUUACUGGUUUCGUCAAAUGAAUGGCCAAAUACACGUGGUGGCUUGAGGACAACGUACAUAUUGUUGGGAAGGUUUAUUGCCGGUGACUUUUAAAGUUUCGUACCUAUAAUGAACUAUGACACACAUAUACAGACUAAAAACAGUACAAGGUUCGCUAAAUGUUCAGCAGGUUCUGAUCUGUGCUUUGAGUUGAAACAUUUCACUAGAAAGGCAUAUGAUAGAGCUUGGUGACCUGCAUGAGUUUACCAUCCCCUCCAGUCUAGUCCAAAAUGUCCACUAACUCUGAGUCUAUAAAAGUAGUGGUGCGUUGUCGUCCUAUGAAUGACAAAGAAAGGGCAGCCACAUUUGAGAGUGUGGUCUCAGUUGAUGUAAAAUUACGACAAAUUAUUGUCAGGAACCAGAGAGAAUCGUUGGCCUGCAAAUCCUCAAAAGUGUUUACUUUUGAUUCAGUCUACGACUGGAAGUCAACACAAAAAGAGCUAUAUGCUGAAAGCUUUAGGCCCCUUGUGGAUUCCGUUCUACAAGGAUUUAAUGGAACCAUUUUUGCAUAUGGACAAACAGGCACAGGAAAAACGUACACCAUGGAGGGCACAAGAAAUGAUCUAGAAAGGAGAGGAGUUAUCCCUAACUCUUUUGACCACAUUUUCACUCAUAUUUCAAGAUCUCAAAAUCAGCAGUACCUGGUGCGAGCAUCAUAUCUAGAGAUUUAUCAAGAGGAGAUCAGAGAUUUACUCUCCAAGGACCAAUCACGCCAUCUUGAGCUGAGAGAAAGACCGGAUACUGGCGUUUAUGUUAAAAAUCUGUCAUCGUUUGUCACCAAGAGUAAAGAGGAGAUUGAAAAUGUCAUGAAUGUGGGCAAUCAGAAUCGCUCAGUGGGCUCCACGAACAUGAAUGAACACAGCUCCCGUUCUCAUGCCAUCUUUGUAAUCACUGUAGAAUGCAGUGAACUGGGAGUGGAUGGUGAGAACCAUAUCCGAGUUGGCAAACUCAAUCUGGUGGAUCUAGCUGGUAGUGAAAGGCAGACCAAGACGGGGGCUCACGGGGAGAGGCUGAAAGAAGCUACUAAAAUCAACCUGUCACUUUCUGCUUUGGGGAAUGUCAUAUCAGCUCUAGUGGAUGGCAGGAGUAGCCACAUACCUUACAGAGAUUCUAAACUGACCCGCCUUUUACAGGACUCUCUUGGGGGCAAUGCCCGCACAGUCAUGGUCGCCAACAUUGGCCCAGCAUCUUACAAUGUGGAAGAGACUUUAACAACACUACACUACUCCAACAGAGCGAAGAACAUUAAGAAUACACCAUGCAUCAACGAGGACCCCAAAGAUGCCCAACUCAGGAAGUUUCAGGAGGAGAUUGCGAGACUGAAAGCACAGCUGGAGAAGCGUACAGGAAAGAAAAACAGGAGGCAAAAUGGGAGGGCUUGUGAUUGUAGCAACGGUGAUUAUCAGGAAGAAGAGCAUGAGGGUGAUGAUGAGGAUGAGGACAACAAAGAGGAUUAUUGGAGGGAACAGCAAGAGAUGCUAGAGAGAGAGAGGAAAGCUAUCAUGGAAGAUCACAGCCUGGUUGCUGAGGAGAAAGUUCAACUCCUGAAGGAGAAGGAGAAGAAAAUGACUGACCUGAAAAGGGAGGAGAAGGAGGGAGAGCUGCUGGCAACAAAAAUUAAGACAAUGGAGAGCAAACUCUUAGUUGGGGGGAAGAACAUUGUGGAUCAUACAAACGAGCAGCAGAGGAUGCUGGAGCUGAAAAGACAAGAAAUUGCUGAACAGAAAUCGAGAGAGCAAGAGAUGCGUCAGCAGAUGGAGUGUCGAGAUGAGGAGACUCUGGAGCUAAGAGAGACCUACAGUUCUCUACAACAGGAAGUUGACAUUAAAACCAAGAAAGUGAAAAAGUUGUUUGCCAAACUGGAGGCUGUGAAGGCAGAAAUACAUGACAUCCAGGAGGCACACAUCAGUAAACGCCAACAGCUGGAACAGAACCAGAACAAGCUCACAUGGGAGCUUAAACUCAAGUCUCAGAUGAUUGACAAUUUCAUUCCACUGGAGGACAAGAACAAAACAGUCACCAGAGCUUAUUUUGACGAAGAGAAUGAAUACUGGAAGAUGAUGCCCAUCACACGCAUUGAGCAUGAUCCUCGGAUGAUGAGCAGACCUCAGUCUGCUUUGGGAUUCAGAAGACCUCUAAGUCACCAUGCUUGCAUGGCCAUGAUGAUCAGCCUUGACAUGAGAUACAAAGCUGAGAAUAUCCUGUUGCUAGGCAUGGAUAUGCCAUCUCGGACCACCAAAAACUAUCAGCAGCCAGUAAUCGCCCCAAAGGUGGUGGCUGCUCUGAAGGAUGCCCUUCGGGAUGAGGAGGACCUUGAGGUGGAUGCAUCAGAACUUAAUGGUAGCCUUUCACCUCUAGCCAGUACAAAUGGAAGCAUUAGGAAAUCAAAGUCUGGUCGACCACGAACAAGUAAACAGUUGAACACUCGCACUGCUUCAUGCAGCCCUCACAAUCUUACAUCUCCAAUUUACCCACAAUCCCGUGGGCUGGUUCCCAAGUGAAGGUAGAAUCUGCCAACAACUUUUCUUAUGUAACUUUUGUUGCUGAAAUAUGAGCCAGCAGAGACUGAACUCCAGUACGCAUAGAUGUGAUGCACGUAAAAUGUGUGAUCACAUUUGAGUAUUGCAUUCUUUUCAUGAAAUGUUCAAUUACUUUGCUUUCCAUACCCUGUUCAAGGUUUAAUUUCUUCUAUUGUGUAACAAUGUUUAUGAUUUUUUGAUUAGUUUUUUCUAGUAUGUUGCAUUACAUUGCUUAUUAAUUUGCCUGUGUACUAUUUGGGAAAAUAUAUUUGAACGUUUCAUAUUUUUGGUAUUCAUGUAUACUAAACAAGCUUGGGAAUUUGUCUCUCUUCCUGUUUUAAUUUCAUUCAUUGGGUAGUUUGUUUUUUGCCAGAGGGGGGCAGAGUUGUGUCAAAGAAAUUCUCCAUUGAACCAACCGCUAGGAUGUUUUAAAAUCUUGGCUUUACGUUGCCAUCUCAUGUUUGUAUGUUUAUUUUAUAGAACUGUACAGUGUAUAAUGCACAGGUGAGAUUAAGAAUUACAAACCACAGCCAUGUAUGAGAAUAUACUCACACAACAAUCAUUUGAUUUCUAAACCAGACAAAUAAGUAACAAAACGUCAUUUUAAUACUUUGCUAAUCUACAAAUGUGUCCUCACUUUCCUUUCGCCUAAUAGUUCCAACUUGCUUUGGUCUGACCGCAGCUUGUCAGCAUCAAUACAUGUGACAAGAUGAACAUAUGAAAUUGGCCUAAGGGAUUUACAUCUGUCGAUUGUGAUUGAGAAAUUCCAAGACCCUUAACACUUAAAGGAUUUACAGCCAUUUUAUCCUCGAGCAUGAAUCCCUUCAACAUGUGUAACCUCCAACCAAUCGGAGCCAAUUUGUGUGAGGAAAACAUGCCAAAAUUAUUUUGUCACUUUCUAAUCAUUUGUGUAGUUUAUGAGACUGGAUGUUUUAUGUGCAGUAUUGUUGUCCCAGUUCAGAGGAUGGGGGAAAUGACUUUUGGGUGUUGCUCUCUGUGUUUUAGGAAAAUGGCUCUGAGUCAAUAAAAGAGGGUGUUUGUGCCGACUUCCCCCCCGUAUUUGACAGAAUUUGGGAUGAAAGUAGUGCAGAUUUGCUCUGUUAAAUGUGUCUUUUGACUCUGUUGGACUGCCUUGAUAUUCUUGCCUAGGUCAAUAAUGAUCAAUGAAGGUAUGAUGUCAUAUCCUUCGAGCUGCUUUUCUGUAUCCUUAUUUUUCCAAAACAAUAUUAAUCGGGUUCUCACAUCAGUGACAGGGCAAAGCAAUCCUCCUCAAAAGGUUAUUUUUCUACAAGUACAUGUUUUUGUCCGUACUCAUUUGCCAAUUUUAACUGAUUUUUCUCACUAUUUUUUUACUUGUGAUAGAGACAAAGAAAUCUAGACUUGAUUAAUCUUGUGGGAGACCAACAGAUGGCAGUCGCAUCACAGGGGAAAAGCAAAUUACUCAACAUGAACCUCAUUAUAUCCAAUAAUGACACUAUAUAUGUAGAGCCAAACCAUGAAAUUGACAGUGAAGGUGCUUGAGAGGAAGACGUGUCAGAAGCCAAGGACAACAUAAUUGUACAGCUGAAUAGAUGGAACAAUCCAGUGUUGAGGAGAGGACCCAGCUGAGGUUCUUACUUUCCUGUUAAAUAAUGGAAAUGUGUUCAGGUCUUCACCCCUACUUGAGAGCAGAUGUUGGCUGUCAGCAGGAAGUUGUCAGGAUAACAAGCAUGACACAAGAUAAGUAGAAAACCAAGUGAUAAUGAGUUGGAGGUUAAGACAUCUGCAAGGAGGUAGUGUACAAAAUAUGACUUUGUUUUUCUGGUAUGUAAAGAUACAAAAAAUAAUGAUGUUAUUGAAUAUAAUAUGAGUUGUAUAAUAUGCGGUUCAUGUGAAAAUGGGAGUUUUUGUCUGUUUAUUACAUUUGGCAAUUCUGGUUGGGAAAUGAAAUGACCUACAGUAUUUUUUGUCAUGGGUAUAAAGUUUUAGCUGUAUACAGGUGAAACAUAUAUUUUCUUACCAAGGCUUAUUUUUUCCACCUACCUAAAUCAACAAUUCAGGUUAAUUCAGUAAAUUAAUUGCCAAUAGAAUUUCAGUUAAUAAAAAGAUGAAACAUUAAAGUGUCUGCCUCACAGUUCUGAGGUCCGGGGUUCAAUCCCUGCCCCCGCCUGUGUGGAGUUUGCAUGUUCUCCCCGUGCCUGUGUGGGUUUUUUCUGGGCACUCCGGUUUCCUCCCACAUCCCAAAAACAUGCAUGAUAGGUUAAUUAACAACUCUAAAUUGCUCGUAGGUGUGAAUGGGAGUGCGAAUGGUUGUUUCUUUGUAUGUGCCCUGCGAUUGGCUGGCAACCAGUUCAGGGUGUGCCCCGCCUCCUGCCCGAAGAUAGCUGGGGUAAACUCCAGCACGCCCGCGACCCUAGUGAGGAGAAGCGGCUCAGAAAAUGGAUGGAUGGAAAAAGAUGAAACAACACUAUUUCAUGAGUUAGUAAAUCAGCAAAAGCUGAGGGGCCAUUUUGACUGGGAAGUGAUUGAUAAGAAAACAUCACAGGAUGGUUAAUGUAAUUAGAUUUUCUUACUAAUUUUUCUUCUUCAUAUGUG